GCUGUUCCGUUCGUUAAUCGAUCAAUUCGGGUGUCGCUGUGCUCAUUCGGAGAAAGGGAGACGUAUAUGCAUCGUCGAAAAGGAAAUACGGAAAUAGGCCGAGACAGACGCGAGAGCGUUAAGUAGAGUAAUGUCGGGCUUUCGGGGCGGACGCGACUCUCCUCGCAGUUGUCUACCGUGAUGUACGUAUCAGUGGUGUCCCGUAACUCUCAGAGAAGACAAAAAAUGUCGUCGAGGAAACGUUGACGGUGUACACGAUAUACGGAACAACGUACAAAGGCUUGCCGUUAGACCACGGAGCGAGAACUAUGAUGAGAUAACGAACGCAGAAUGAAAUACAACAACGUUGACUUUCUCGGUUAUGCUGUCCUCACAUUCACCUUACAUCUUAACGUUCGCGCAGAAGACGGAGUUGCUUGCAAAGAUUUACAAGGACGUUCUUAUGAAAGCGGCUUCCUUUACUUUCCCGGUCCAGAACCUUGUACAUUUUGUGUUUGUGACAACGGCAAUCCAAAAUGGUGCAAAGCUGUUAUUUGCAAGUUUCUGGAGAAAUAUUUUUAUAUAACUUUUCAGGAAGAUUGUAAAUCUUUGCGAAGAAGCGAAACAUGCUGUGAAUUUAUUUGCUUAAACGAUGCUAAUGAAAAAUCUGAUGGCAGCGGUACCAACUUGAUAGAAGGAAGUGCUAACUAUGAUAUAGGAUUACGUUCUGUUGCCAGUUUUGUAACGGCAAUAUUAUCUUUAAGUCUUUUAUUUUUCCUGAUACAUCGCCUACGUCAACGAAAAAUUAGAGAUUCAGGGUAUCCCAUGUUAGUGUGUGUGGCAGGAAGACAAAGUAGGCAAUUAGUAGAGGACCAAAGAAAUCUGGGCAGUAUGGGAUAUUUAGAAAGAGGAGGAUUACAGCAUGGCAUUCCGAUGGAUGACAUGCCUUGCGGCGGUGGAUAUCCUUUGUGGAAACCAGCAAACAAUUAUUUCCCACGUGGAGAGGCACCUCCACCUUAUGAAGAAGCUGUAGCUGCUGCUAGAACCGAACAAGCGCUGUUAUCUAUGGCUCCCCAUACGUUGUCACCAUUAAAUUUUUCAAAUGGCUAUUUGCAAGAUUCUAAUAGUCAUUCAAACAUAGCAGUUGUAGCUAGUAGUCAAGAUGCGUUAAAUUCGACUUCACCGAUGCCUUCGAAUAGUAAUGGCGCAAGCACUGUCCCAUUAGUAUCUUCGUCAAAUGUAGCGAUCGGUUCAUUAACCACAUAUACGAACUGUCAUCAGCUUAAUCAGAGUGAACAAUCAACGACACUUAACGUUGGUACAUCUACUGCUACUAAUUACUCUGCAUCUACGAAUACAUAUGAGAAUUUACCUGUUUCAACUGGUAUAACAAAUUUCACUUAUCAAAUUGCCACGGCAAGUAAUGAUACCCAACAAUUAGCAAGUUCACAUUCUACAAUUUCAAAAAAUUAUCGACAACACACCACAUUUCCACGACAAAGUGGUGCAUUUACAAUAUCCGCGAGCUUACCAAGUUCCGAUAUAUCCGCCGCUCAUCGUACAAUACCAAGAACGCUGACGAAUAACACUACGACGAGAAUAAAAGAUAUUAUGAGGGAUCGUUCAACGGAAGAACUUUUCCAUCUUCCACCGAGAAGUUUAUCUCCUCAGAAUUUACCGCAAACAACAUCACCGGUUAUAUCGAAUGAUCAAGAACAUCCACAAGAUUCUAAUAUCUUUUGCAAGGACGUUUUAACGUCUGCCACGACUAUAUCUCAAAUUGAAAGACAACAAGGAAAUGUUGUUUCGCGAAAACCGUGUGAUUUUAAGCCUCCUUUAAACAUUGCUAAUGAGAUUAAUGAAGAUGGAAGUUUUGAAUCGGUAGCUUGUACUUGUAGCAUGCAAACUCUUCCAACUCUUCACGAUGACGCGGAUGAUUAUCGUAGCGAGUGUGAAAAUUGUAAAAGCGCAACAGGAUCUCGUUAUUACUUGGAUAACGAAGAUGAGUUGGUUACAUCACCGCAUGAAACCAUGACAUUACAUAGGAGACCAGAGGACACAGCAUCAAGUGCCACACCUCAGUAUUAUAGGACUUCUCUUACACUGCCGACAAGUACUCGUCAACGCACCAGGAGUACUGGAGUUCGAGAAAAUUGGUUUAAUACCAUGCCACAAAGCUCUACAGAAUCUUCGGAUGAAAAUUAAAUGUAAAAAAGAAAAAAAGAAAAAAAAAAAAACACAAAAAAAGAACAAAA